CAUUGACCUCCACGUGUGUAAUCAGCAGAUAAUCGGUGCUCAUAUAAAGGCAUAUAGACCCUGGCUGAUUCAAAGCUACUCUUGCGGAUUAUCACUUCAGCAUGAGGAACGGAAUUCACAUUUUGCUUGCUGCCCUCCUUAUAAUGGCUUCAGUCUGUGAUCUACAGGUCCAGGCUGCUUCUCUAUCCCAUGGAGUGGAAGUCCACCUUGUACGCCGUGUGAGAAGGUCUAUGCUGUGGCGCUGGAUUACCCAAAGACCUGUGGGCUCCAGCUGUAGGGAUCAUUCUGAAUGUGGCACAAACUAUUGCAGGGAGUCUAUUUGCUCCUUCCAGGUAUUUUCAUCUUAACAUCUUGAUAUCAACAUAUAAAUGAAUGGAAUUAAACUCCCAUGAAGACAUCUGUAUGGCUGAUAAAGAAAAUUAUGAAGAAAAACUUUCUUGAAUACAUAUCUCUACCCAUCCAUCCCCUUUGGCUACUAUGAAUUAAAACCCUUGAAACAGUAAACAGUAUAUAAACACUGAAUCCUUUACACAGCUUGUACAUUCUUCCUCUAUUUGCUGUCUUUGAAAAGGCUUCUGCUGCUCCAAAGUGUCUACAUUUCAUAAAGUAUAUGGGUGUAUUAAGGCCAUGGGAGUUUCAUAGUGUACUUGCUCACCAUACAUGGAACUGAAAAUGUCUGAAAUCAGUACUUUGGGCAGCUGUAUUGUUCUUUUGGAAUUGUUCACUAACAGUACAGUAGGAUACAAAGAUUAUGUUCAGGCAGCUACAGCACCAAUGUUCUGUUUUAGGAAGUUUCAGUACUUUACUAUAUUAGUAAAUAAAAAGAGUUCCGAUUCUGUCUCUCUGAAUUUGUAUAAAUAAAAGGGAAAAAAGAACACACUGACUUUGCACAAUGACAUUUAAGAGGAACAAGUUCAUAUAUAGUGAUAUAUAUUUAUAUUUUUGUUAUACUUUGAAUAUUUCCAGUUAUGUAAAUUUGAUGCAAAAAAUACUGUAAGUCAAAAAUAUCUUUUUAAAAGGUUUAUUGUUUGUAAUAAUACAGUGCAUUUGGUUUUGUUAAGAUUUUGUAAGCAUGAAAAAAUUACUUUGUAAGAAACAAUUUUUUAAACCUACAAUAAAAUAUGCAUUAUGAAACUGUA